CCCGCCCCGCGCCGGAGCUUGCGCCCUGUCACGUCCCCUCCUUUGUGGGCCCCCUGUGUCCCGGACGUCUGGGACAUGCUGCCUGAUUGCUUGUCUGCGGAGGACGAGCAGCGCUGCCGGCAGCUGCUAGCACGCACCACUGCCCGGCUACGCUCGCGGCCCGCGGCGGCCGCAGUGCUUGUGCCGCUGUGCCUGGUGCAUGGGGUCCCGGCGCUGCUCUACACGCUGCGCUCUAGUCGCCUGGUUGGGAGUCACAAAGGGGAAGUCAGUUUCCCAGGCGGUAAGUGUGAUCCCGACGACCAAGAUGUAAUACAUACGGCCCUUCGGGAGACUCAGGAGGAGCUGGGCCUAGAGGUGUCCAAGGAGCACGUGUGGGGUGUCCUGCAGCCAGUGUAUGACCGGAAAAAGGCAACCAUAGUCCCGGUGCUUGCCAACGUGGGUCCACUGGAUCUGCAGAGCCUCAGACCCAACCCUGAGGAGGUGGAUGAAGUAUUUGAGCUGUCUCUGGCACACUUGCUGCAGACACAGAACCAAGGAUAUACCCACUUCUGCCAGGGUGGCCACUUUCGCUACACACUGCCUGUCUUCUUACAUGGACCACACCGAGUCUGGGGCCUCACAGCCGUCAUCACUGAGUUCACCCUGAAGCUGCUGGCCCCUGGCAUCUACCAGCCCUCCCUGGCUGUCCCUGAGCUGCCUAGGGGUUGAGGCCUGCCUGGCCCUUAAGUGCCUCUGCCUUCAUUUGGCCAGGCUACUCCAGAACUGAUUAAAAGACUGUUUGACAAUUC